AUGAACUCCAUACGUCAGAUCCAAGCGCUUAAUAAGCGCGAGCUUGAAAACGCAGUAACGCCCGAAGCUUCCUGGCACGCCGACUACCGCGAUACAGCAUACAUCUACAUCGGCGGCUUACCGUUCGAUCUCUCCGAAGGCGAUAUUGUGACUAUAUUUUCCCAAUAUGGAGAGCCAGUCCAUGUCAACCUCGUACGCGACAAAGAUACCGGCAAAAGCAAAGGGUUCGCCUUUCUCAAAUACGAAGAUCAGCGAAGUACGGAUCUCGCGGUCGACAAUCUGGGAGGUGCAACAGUGAUGGGCCGUGUCCUUCGAGUCGACCAUACGCGAUACAAGAGGAAGGACGAAGAGGGGGAGGAAGACAAUGUAGCGAGAAUCAUGGGUCCAACCACAGGAGCGGAUGAAGACACAGAUACUGAAGAACGACGCAAGAGUAGAAGGAGAGAUGGCGACAAAAGUGAUGUAGAGGAGAGACGAAGACCAAUGCUCAAGGAAGAAAGAGAGUUGGCCGAGUUACUGCGAGAUCAUGACGACGAGGAUCCGAUGAAGGAAUAUCUUAUCCAAGAAAAGAAGGAGGAAGUCGCCAGAGCCCUCGAAGCUCUAAAGGCAAGCGAGAAGAAAUCAUCGAGUCGACGGAAAGACAGUCGCGAGCGCUCACAUAGACACCGCCAACAUCGUCGCAGGCGAAUCGGAGAGAACGACAUCGGGAUCGGUCAGGGUCUCCUCGUCGAAGACGAGACAGAUCAAGAGAACGAUCUAGACGCGAACGAGAUUAAGAAUGGCAUUUGA